AUGGCUGCCAGAUUAUUCAACAGAUUGCAGUAUCUGCCAAGCAGAGUUGGCAUACCACGAUGCAGUUCGUACAAGUUAAUCACCUCUGCGUUGGUUCACAACACCAUCCCCAAAGUCACCCCACGCACACUGACAACAGCGGCUGAACCCAGCCAGAAUCCCACAGCAGCGGCAGCCCCUCUCCUCAACAGCAGAUUACCAGCAACGUCUCUGUCAGAAGAUGAGCUGAUGAUGAAAGAGAUGGUAGCAAAGUUUGCCAAGGAGCAGAUCAAACCGCUGGUACGAGCAAUGGACACCAAUGGCGAGACUGAUAUGGGGAUCAUCAAGGCUCUGUUUGACAACGGGCUCAUGGGGUGUGAAAUUCCAGAAGCUUAUGGUGGACCCGGAGCCUCGUUCUUCGUGUCUAACAUCAUCAUUGAAGAGUUAUCAAAGGUUGACGCAUCCAUUGCCGUCUGUAAUGACGUCCACAACACAUUGGUCGUUACAAUUCUUCUGAAAUAUGGAACGGAGCAACAGAAACAGAAAUAUCUUCCGAAACUCAUGAAUGACACGGUUGGAAGUUUCUGUUUGUCGGAAGCCAACGCCGGUAGUGACGCUUUCUCCCUGGAGACCAAGGCGGAGAGAGAUGGUAACCACUACGUCAUCAACGGCAGCAAACUCUGGAUAACCAGUGCAGCGUUUGCAGGGGUGUUCAUCGUCAUGGCAAAUGCUGACUUCAGUAAGGGGCAUCGAGGCAUCACAACAUUCGUCCUGGAUAGAGAGACGGAAGGACUGACCAUCGGCAAGAAGGAAGACAAACUUGGACUGAGGGCUUCGCCAACGUGUGAAGUCCACUUUGACAAUGUCAGAGUACAUGAUAGUCAGAUUGUUGGCCAAGUGGGACACGGGUACAAAUACGCCAUCGGUAUGCUGAAUGAAGGACGCAUUGGAAUCGCCUCCCAGAUGGUUGGUAUUGCUCAAGGAGCAUUAGACAAUACAAUUCCAUAUCUAAUGGAACGUAGACAGUUCAAGAAGACCCUCUGGGAUUUUCAGUCUGUUCAACACCAGAUCGCUCAUCUCAGUACACAAGUAGAAGUGGCUAGAGCGAUGACGUAUAAUGCUGCUCGUAUGAAGGAUGCUGGCCUUUCGGUUGUUAAGGAAGCCUCCAUGGCUAAGUAUUUCUCUUCAGAAGUGGCUACUCUGGUUACAUCACGCUGCAUUGAGCUCCUUGGUGGAGUUGGGUUCACCAAGGACUACCCUAUCGAGAAAUACUAUCGAGAUUGCAAAGCUGGAGCGAUCUAUGAGGGGGCUAGUAACAUCCAGCUCAACACUAUCGCCAAGUGUCUUCAGUCAGAAAUCGUAAAGGGCAAAUAAUCACCACUAGAGGGCUCUUCGAUCUUCGUUAAAACCGACAGUGUAAGCGUCUCAAUAGAAAAUCUGAUCAACAAAAAGCUCGCAAGCUUUUCAUGGCAGUAACUGUUUCUACUACCACAGAGAGGUUUUUUGAAAUUCUGGAGACUUCUCAGUUCUGAAAAGAACUUAUUAGCUACUACCUUGGCGAAAGGAGGAAACAAAAAGAUUACAACUUCCACUUAUUGGAUCCAGGGAACUUCUCGUUUUUAACUUCACUAACUAUAAUGCUACUUUACAAAAUUCCUUCCUACUACAUGUAUCUCACCUGACUAGUCGUGUACAAUAUAUUAUUCAGUUUUCACUGCAUGAAGAAAAUUACCUUUUUCAAAGGCGACAAAUCAUUCAAACUGUCAACCCCAGUAGAGUUUAUAAAACAUCGGUGAAAUUGUUGAUAAAUAAAGACUGCCCAGACCAUUUAGGAUUCAUUAAAAUUGACAGUGUAGUUUUCUCAGUAAAGUGGAUUACGUCUGCAGAAAAGAGGUGAAGUACGACCAAAAUCGGCAAGAUUGGCGUUAUUAUUAUUGUAAGAGGCAUUAAAUAUUAAGUAUUGACUUCUGGUACGGAACGCAUUUAUAAGCUACAAAUGGUUUUGUUGAUCAAGUGUAGUUCACCGACUGAUUUUAAACGCAAGUACUUUUUUGACAACUGAAAUGAGUAGGACAGUCAAAGCUGUGCCUAAAAAAAGUUAUGGGAUCUCUUAAAUGUUUUCAAAUGCUCUUAUAUUUAUUUUUUGCUAAGGACAUGUACUGAACGGAAAGUUAUGUUAAAGUGUUCAACACUUAAUUUGUUUUUAAUUUAAUUCAUUUUACGUUGUGUAGAGGCGUUUGCUUCAGAAUAUAUAACGCAUGACCAGUGACGCUGCAAGGAUUUUUGGCGAACUGGGAAGGGGGGGGGGUGGGCACAGGCUACUUCAGGGGGAUCGGCCAUCUUGUUCUGAAAUCACUACAUAAAUUAUCUGGAUUUUGUUGUUGUGGGAGUUGGGGCAACUUGGGGUGGGGGACAGGCCUCCCCCCCUUUGUGGCUGUGCAGUGAGCAAAAGUGUAAAUAAUGUAUAAACAAAACACAUAUUAUUCUGUCAAAUGAAAAUGAAUCAUGUUUUUUACACUUGUUUUCAAAUAAAGACUCCCGAGCUAUUUCCCAUCGUUGAUAUGCCGUUUUAAAAACAGUCUUACUGGCUCAGAGGGCAAACAAUAUGGAAAUUAUAUCAAAGUAUUUUGAUUUUGAUGUCUUCGCAGGAAUGGUAGCCCGACUUUGAAUCUCCAUCAUUACUCCCUCAAUUAAAAUAAAAUAAUAUGUGGUAGAAAUGGCCAACAACGAGAUGAGUCAUUGAUUCUUUUUAAACUUCAACCAUGAGUCU